AUCUUCCUUUAUCUUAUCAAUUAAUUGCAACGACAAUUAUUCUGAAGAGAAGAAACAAAGAUCGAGUUUCAGUAGAAGCUCUAAACAGAAUUCAUGUGCGGUACCCCUUUGAUGUGAAUUCUAGGUUUCGGCAGAUUAAGAUGAUUGCCUUGGUUAUUUUUUCUGCUCAACUCUAGUUUACUCUCUGCUUUCUCUUAGAAUUUCCUUGGAAGCUUAAAUGAAGUCAAUGAACCCUGGGCACCAGAGAAUUGCCUAUAUGGAUGUUAUUGUGCCACAGCAUUUUUACUGAUUACCAAGUUCUGUGAAGGAUUGACAACCUGUUUGAACCAACAUUAAGUUCGAAAGAGAUGAGGAAUCAGGUUUGGAGAUGGGUUUUAGGUUUAAUAUAUAUAGUUGCUGUUGCCACUAUUUGGAUUGCUGCCAGUUUUGUUGUUCAAUCGGUUGUAGACUCGGGUGUAUCUCCAUUCCUAAUAACCUACAUUUGCAAUUCAUUAUUUGUGGUUUACAUUCCUAUUGUUGAAAUUGCACGCUACUUGGAGGAUUCAGUUGUGAUUUCAUGGUUUAGUCGUAGUAAUAAAAAUGAGAAUCAUUUGCAAGGACCAGCAGAUUCUGAAGAGGUUGUUCUUCUCAGAGAUAAUGAUUUAAGUCCAAACUCAGAUGAUUUGCAUCCAUCUGAGCAGAUCGUACAAGGAGAAAUUAGUCAUCAGAGGAAGAGUAGUGCUUUGGAACCAGACUCUGAGUUUGAAAGGAUAUUGCAUGGUGAAGCUGGCAUAGAACAGCUUCCAGGAACGGCUGAUGUUAGUGAGAACGUUAAUAAACAACUUGAUGAGAAAGGGCGUUGGACACGUACAAGGAUGGCAAAGGUCAGCCUGUUGAUAUGUCCUUUUUGGUUUCUCGCGCAGCUCACCUUCAAUCUCUCGCUCAAGUAUACUACUGUGACUUCAAACACCAUCUUAAGCAGUGCCUCCAGCCUUUUCACCUAUUUGGUCUCUAUGGUUUUCUUGGGUGAGAAGUUCACAUGGGUGAAGCUGCUUAGUGUUCUACUCUGCAUGACUGGAACAAUAAUUGUCAGCUUCGGUGAUUCAAGUACAACCUUAAGGGCAAUUGCAACAAACCCCCUGCUUGGUGACAUUCUUGCUCUGGUUUCAGCAGGCUUGUAUGCAGUAUAUAUCUCCCUUAUUCGAAAAAAAUUCCCUGAUGAUGAUAACAGUAAGGAUGGUAAUGCCAGUAUGGCACAGUUCCUUGGAUUUCUUGGGCUGUUCAACCUCAUUAUUUUCCUACCUGUUGCCCUUGUACUGAACUUCACAAAACUCGAGCCUUUUUAUACUCUCACUUGGAAGCAGUUUGGUCUGAUUGUUGGUAAAGGUCUACUUGAUAAUGUGCUUAGUGAUUACUUGUGGGCGAAGGCCGUUCUUUUGACAACUACCACAGUGGCUACGGCUGGUCUCACGAUUCAGGUUCCCUUGGCUGCUAUUGUGGAUUCACUAACCGGAAAUGCUCCCCAUCUCAUGGAUUACCUUGGAGCUGCAGCUGUCAUGGUUGGGUUUGCUGGCAUUAACAUUCCCUCUGAUGCUUGCAGUAGUUCAGUGGAUGCUAAUCUAGAACAAGAGGAUGAAAAUGAACUGAGAUUAUUAAAAUCUUGAAUUGGUUGCUGGCUUUCAGUUGGGACUCUUCUAUGACAUUGACCGUGAAUCCUUAUUGCUGUGAUCAUUACAGUUUGGUUGCUGUAAAGUACAGAUGAUCAUCAUCAGUGGUGGGUUCACCUCCCAUUUGUUCUCAAAUGUCUUGGUUUCUUGGAGUCCAUUGUUCAGUCAAAUUGUGACAGAUAGUUUGUGUUGAGAAGGGAUUUAUGGCUUCAUGGGAAUAAUUAGAUUAAUUCACCACAGUAAUAGACAAUCUUCAAGCUGUGGAACGUCUGACACAGACAUACAGCCUAAUUGGUAACAGAAAGGAGCUUGGAGAACUAACUAAAAGAGUCAAUGUAGAUUCACCUCAUUUAGAAAGAGCAAAUCUGGCUGCUGAAAUACACAAUAUAUUAACAGGACAGAGGGUCAGAAGACAGCAGUGACUUGAUCUCAAGGAGCAGCAGUAAAAAUGGUAACUUAUUGAUGAGAACGAAGUGAUCUUCAACCCAGAGUUUAGAGACUCUCUAACUGCCCAUGCCUCGGCUAUUAACACAUCUAUGUGUGGGGGUGGGGGUGUAUCAGUGGAGCAGCUCUGGUGUGUUUUCGAAUCAUUGUUUCAAAUUCAUCAAAAUUCUUUGAUAUUUAA